AUGGACACCCUCUAUCCAAUGGUACAGGUUCAUUAUCCGUCUGAUGAUGAAAUUAUCUACCGCAAAGUUUUCGGGAAAAAGUCUGACAGCAGCAAGAUUCCUUCCUUGAAUCCUUUUCGUAAAGCAGCCAAGAGUCCCAGCCUUCCUAAGAAACAACUCACCUCUCCAGAAGCAUCUAGACUGAGAGCAGCUGGUUCAGGAACCUUACAUCCUCCUGUUGAUGAUGGUCAUCUUUCUGCCCACAGUACUGAAGACCUUGAUACAGUCUGUUCACAUUGCUCUGAUGGCAAGGUUGACGUCAUGACGCGAGAAAAUGGAAUGAGCCUUGAGGCGGCCAUUGAUGAUGUUGACGACUCCAGCACCACCGAUGGCGAAAAAACAAAACAAGCCAUCGGUCAUAUUCAAUCAAAAAUCAUCAAAACAAAAGAUGCCAUCAAGGCUGAGCAGUCGGUCAAAGAAUCAAAUGUGAACGAGUAUUUACGCCUGGCCACCAACGCUGAUAAACAGCAGGCCCAGAGAAUCAAAACAGUUUUCGAAAAACGCAACCAAAAAUCAGCCCAAAGUAUCAUUCAAAUGCAGAAAAAAUUAGAAACUUUACAGCGGAAGCAACUAGAUAUUGAAGCCCAUGGAUUGACGGGUCAUAAACAACCUAAAGAAAUGUUACGCGAUGUUGGUCAAGGGCUGAAGGGAGUUGUGGACAGUGUUAAAGGUGCCAAAGAAUCUAUUGUUGCCAAACCUAAAGAAUUUGCACAUUUAAUAAAAAAUAAAUUUGGUAGUGAAGGCAACAUUAAUUCAAUAAAAAUGGAAGACAAUGGAGAAGGGUCCAAGGAACAAAGUAAAAGUGGUGGAACUCUCCCUGCUAGUUUUAAGUAUGAUGAUAAUGAAGAUGAUAAUUCAAGCAUCACGUCUGGCUCUGGGUUUGGAGCUCAGAGCAGUCCACACUCCACUUCCCAAAACUUGACUCAGGUUUCUCCUCAAACACAAUCCCUCGUAGAACCUCUAAUCCAUGAAAUUUCCGAAAUUAAAGAUGAAGGAAGGAAGCUUCAGGAAGCCAUGCAACGUAUGAUUGAAGAUUUCGAACACCACAGAGUCCUAACUCAAGCUGAUCUAACCACCCUCCGUAAUCAAGUUGAUGAAGAGAAAUACAAGGUGGAAAGACUGGAAGAUCAGAUCAAUGAUCUAACAGAACUCCAUCAAAAUGAAAUCACAAAUCUAAAACAGGAUAUCAGCUCCAUGGAGGAGAAGAUUGAGUACAGACUGGAUGAGAGAACCAGUGAUUUGAGUGACCUGGUGGACAACUGUCAAACAAGGAUCCAGAGAUUAGAACAGCAACAACAACAGCAGCAGAUUCUAUCAAUGGAGAUGGUGGAGAAUGUGACGUUUCGAACUAUAUUAACUAAAUUAAUUAACGUGGUCCUAGCACUAGUAGCUGUGAUAUUAGUCUUUGUAUCCACUGCCGCUAAUUUAUUAUCACCUUUCCUCACUUCACGACUUCGAAUCCUAACGACGAUUGGAUCAAUUGUUUUAGUGAUUCUGUUUUGCCAAAACUUUGACUCCAUCAGUGCUAUGCUAUGCUAUAUAUGGGAUAGAGUGUCAAAUAUAUUACCAUGGCGAUAGAAUCAACAUAUCAUAUAAACAGACUGGAAUUCCCCUUAUUUCCAAAUUUGGAAAAGAGUUUUCGCUAUUGGAAAAGUCGUUUUUUUAGGAUACAUGAACCAAAUGCAAUCUGCAAUGUAUCUGAAUCAGCUUCAAGUUAACAGUUCUAAAAGUUGAUUUGAUUCGCUCUAGUCAAUUGUGAAUUGUGAUUGACACAUUUGUGGGAGGAGCUGAACUAAAGUGUUCAGAAACAUUUUUUUAAAAAGAAGGCGGAGUUUACAUUUUAUUGACAGUGCUAUACAUGACAUGUCUGUGUUCUUAAAAAAUAGUCUGUGGUCAAAGUUCAAGAUAUUUUGAACGUGGACAUGACCAUAUAAGGAUUUGUGAUAUCAUUUUUAGCCUAAUAGCUUGUGUUAAAAGCCUGCAUGUGAUUGGAUAGUUUUAAAAUGACAGGGAAGGUAUUGGAUGAUUUUUUAUCCAAUGGAAUUGAGGCUUUCAAAAUUCCUCAAUUGUAUUUGUUCAAAGUGUGUUUCUUAAUUUUUAGUUUUUAUUGCAUUUCUGUUUUCAAUUUUGUAAGAAACUGGAUUUCAGAUCAGUUCUUUUGAUUGGCUCAAUAUCAUUAUAUUUAGUCAUCAGCCAAUCAAAUGCCUAGAUUCAAAAUCCCAAAGUUGAUUUCAGUGUAGAUAGUAUAUUUUUGUGACAAACAAGAUGGCUGCUUUUCAAUGGAAAAAAUCUAAUUUAUUUUUUAAUUAAUUUAAUCUUGCUUUGUCACCUUAUUUAUUUUCUUUUGUAUGAACCUAAAAUGAGAAUUGAGCAUAUCUUUUUUCAAAAUGUUCAAGGGGUAAUUUUCAAUUUUCAAAAAUCUUUUCAAACAAAAUCAAAAUUUCAUAUAGCGACUGGAAUAAUGAGGAUCCUUUCAACCAGCUGGCCCAUGGUCAAACCUCAUAGAGUUAUGUCUUUUGUUGAAAUGCAUAUUUCUGAUAGAUAAUAGAUAUAUAUUUAUAACUGUGAAAGCUUUUAGAUAUUAUAGACAUACCUUAUUGUUGAAGUAUAAAUGAAAAGAGCUACUGGAUACCUAAUUAACAUAAUGAAAAAUGAUUUGGU